CAGGAAUAUUAGACAAGACGCUUCUCCACGCGUUUGUUGUGCCACAUAACAAGAUACAAUCAUUUUUUGUCAUGAAGUGUAUUCUCAAAGCUGUGCCGUUUUUGGUUUCGGCAAUCUCAGCGGCAUCAUUGACAAGAAAGCUUUCCCCAGAGGACACAGUACGGGACCACUUAGCCAUAUUUCGGCAAGUUCUUCGGGACAAGGACCAAGCACCCCUGUCAUUGAAUCAGGAAAUAUCAACAUUUCCUGAAAGGGAAGAAACAUUAGAGCCAGAUGCCGAUCCAGAGUUUCAAAUAUUGCCUUUUUUUCCGUCCGAAGCGCACGAGAUUCCUGUGCUUCUGGCGAAGCAGGAAAUCUCCACUCAGACAAAGAGCUCUACAGAAGAAGAAAUUACACAUAAUGCUUUUGAAUUGUCUCCUGAGCACACAGAAACAGUACCAGAUUCCGAUUCAAAGACCGAAGAAAAUAUCAAAAAGCAUAUAAUGGACGACCUGGAAAAGGCUGCAAAACUCAGCCCAAAUGAAAACAAUCUCGAAGAGCCCAUGGAGGAGUCAAACAUCGAGUCACCUGAAACGGAAGCUCCACAAACAGACAAACUAUCGAAUACACAAACCAAAAAUGAACUUUCUGCUGACAAUCUCUCUGGAAACGAAGACUAUCUUGAAGACGAAAGGCUCCCGUCACUCUUGGUAGACGGUUUGAAACAGUUGCUCAAGAACGAGCUGAACCUUUCCGGUACUUUUGAAUUUCCAGAUUGGAAAGAAAACACACAGACAGAAGUCACCAACACAAUCGAACUCUUCACUUUUACACCAAAUACCGUGACAGUAACACCUGCAGAGACACCAACAAGUACUAUAUUAGUGAACAAUUUACCAACGGGCGCAUCCGCCUCUGAGCCAACGGAGGUUUUAGAUUUCAUCCCUCCCACUAAAUCUGCCGAGGGGAAGGCCAAUUUAAAAUCCGUUCUCGACAUGGCCAAUCAAUUCCGGUCUCCGUCCGCUGAUAUCUUAAGACUGAGAAAAAAGCCCAGACCAAAAACUUACGUCGAGGAAAGAAACGUGACCAGAACCACCAAGCCGCCACCGGAAGAGAAUCCGAAAGAUCACUUACAGGAAGACACCUCAACCCCGCCAAAAGAAGUUUUUCCAGAGACCCAAGCUGCCAAAUCCGAAGAUGCGCAAGUUGUCAAGUCCGACAGUGUCGAGGAUUCCGAAGGAGAUUAUCAGCAUACUUCCAAACACUCGCAACAAUCAUUGUCGGACAUUCGUGAGUUAUACUUUCAAUCCUUGGAACGCAAGUCCGAUGAGAAUCUAAUGACAUACUUCCAACGCAUCUACCCCGAGCUCCAGCGCUUAGUAGGUAAAACUAUUAGCGACGAAGACAGUCAGCGAGAUGCGAAUCUUCUCUUGGCCAGAUUACUGGAAGAAUUGAAGAGGGCAAAUUUGCCAGGGCCUAUACCAAGUGGCUCACCAUUAGAGGACUCUGAGACUUCCGCACAGCCGGUUGAGCCUGCUAUUGGCGCCAAGCCCCUCAGACAUAUCGAUGAAGUUGAUGUGGAUGUGUUUUUGGGCAGCAGUCCAGAUGAACCCAGGGAAGCGCUGAAAACGUUCCUUGAAUCUCUACCUUCGUUGUCGACCAGUAUCACCCCCACGAUCCCACCCACCGCAAACACCACACGUUCUACGAGGACAGAGUACAAGUCGUUCUUGAAAUGGGCCUCUGAGAAGUUGCAUAAGCUUAAGCUGGAUGAAAGGUUUCACAAUCCUUUCACGCACCGCGUGGCUAGUGAAGCGCCAAGCCUGGCUGAGGCAUACCCCUCCAUCAUCGGUGCAGUUAUAUUUGCAUUGUUUCUCAUUCUCCUAUGAGGAUCUGGCCAUGAUCGCGGCCGUGUUGACCAGUGUAUACUACCCAAGCUUCUUUAAAAAUGUUUCAUAUCGUACUCUCUAGCUACUUCCGAA